UCACCAAUGCACGCCCUUGUCACAAACGCUGAGCGCAUGGGAUAAUACUUGCACGGUCCAGAGUUUCUCUUGGUUUGAUUUUUAAAUAUUUGUUAUCAGCAUAGAAAUACCAGUUUAAACGAAACGCGCGUAAAAGGUGUUUUUUAGAAUUUGUUUGUUUACCGAACGAUGGAAAAAGACCGAAGAGCAAUAGAGGAACCUGCACAAAACCCGGUUAUUUGUCUUCAUUUUAUUUUUAAAGGACUGUUCUAAUUUUAACGGAACUGCAUAAUCUGCAUUUAGUUUCAAUUACUUAUGUGUUUGUUGCAAUUGCAUUUUGACAGGUUUUAAAUACAAAUACAGUCAUUGACAAUACUUCUUAUUACAUCUGAAGCGGAGAAGCAUUGCACUUUUUCCCAGUCCUUCCUGCCCGGCAUAUUCUCCCGUGGCUGCAAAAUAAUUUGAGCGCUUUGUGGAGAGCAGAGCAGAACCGUACCGAACCACAAAAUACAGACCCGCAUGUGUGCCGUUUGAAGACGGGAAGUGUGAUCAGUAGACUACACCAGCGCGUAUAAAAACAUGAGGACCUCCAGAGGAAUUGCUUGUCAUUUUCCUUUGUUGCUGUGUGUCGUGUCUGUUUAUUACACGCUAGCUUUCAAGCCCGAACCGAGAAUCACCGUCACCUAUGAAGAUCUGGACCCCAGGCUGGUGCAGCGAUUCUCUCAGAGCGGAAUCUCCAACUACAGUGUUCUCCUGCUGCACCCCACCUCGGGGGUGCUCUACGUUGGAGCCAAGGAUGCCAUCUUCUCCCUGCAGACGAAGACACUGACGGAGGAGCCCAGAGUGAUCUACUGGAAUGUGUCCGACAGCAACCACGAGUCCUGCAAAAACAAGGGGAAGAGAGAGGCAGAGUGUCACAAUUACAUCCGCCUGCUGCAGUUCCUCAAUGAGACUCACAUCUACGCUUGUGGGACGUACGCCUUCGAUCCCCAGUGCGCGUACAUAAGCCUGCCGGAUUUCACUCUGGAGCGGCUGGAGAACAAGGAGCUGAGGAUGGAGAGCGGGAGGGGGAAGUGUCCCUUCGAGCCCAGCCACCACUACACUGCCGUCAUGGCAGAUGGAGUUCUCUAUGCCGCCACAGUCAACAACUUCCUGGGCACAGAAUCCCUCAUCUCACGGGCAACAGGGAAGGAAGGAGAACGUAUCCGCACACAGACCUCUGUGUCGUGGCUAAGCGAACCUGAGUUUGUGAGUUCUGCCUUCGUGCCCGAGAGCCAGGACAGCAGCGAGGGGGACGAUGAUAAAAUCUACUUCUUCUUCACGGAGCUAGCCAGGGAGUACGAGUUCUACACCAAGGUCAAGGUGCCCAGAGUGGCGCGCGUUUGCAAGGUGAGCUCUUACCUGCGGCUGUGCUAG